CACAUGUAAUGAAAUCAACAAUUUUCAAUAAAUUUAAAAAAUAAAUAGUUUGCAACAUUAUAUACUUUAUAAACAAUGCUAGCUAAUAAUAAAGUGGACAAAAUUUGUGAAGUAUGUCGCGAUAAUAAAGGAGUCGCCACUCGAGUGUCCAAGAGAAGGCAAAUGUCAUAUAAAUUCAGUGACGAGAAAGAAUUCAUACGAAAUGAUGAGGAAAAUAGGAUACGAAGACAAUUAGUCCGAGAAAAUAAACUCAAACAAAAUGAAUGCAAUGAAAGCGACAAUUCUGUAGACAUCACCAGUAAUAACAAUAAUAGUGAACUAGUUUUACACAAAGACUUUUUACACGAUAUAAUUGCCAACACAUUGGAGUUGAGUGAUGAAGACCUGGCGGAUCAAAUCUCGGAGAUUGAGAGUUAUGUCACAAAUUGUACAGAAAUACAGAAAUCUAUUAAUGAAAAUGAGUUAUCAUUGGAUAGACUAAUGAAGAAAUCGCACACAUUUGCCAUCAAACCUGUAUUCCGCGAACUCACUGACUAUAAUGGUUUAAAUCAACUUGAAUUCAGCCGGAUAUCUGAGCUACUGAACGCCACCACUAUAUUCAAGUCACACACGACCAAUAAUUUUGUUGAGAUAACUGAUAGAAACCAAGAUGAUAAUAAUUCAUUG